AUGAACGUCAAAAUCAAAAACAGAAGUCAACAUGCGAUCGCCAAUGAAAAUUUUAAUAAUGGUAACUACCAAGCUGCACUUACAUUGUACAUGCAAAUACUGGAGGACUGUCGCAAAGUUGAUCAUCAAAUCGACAAGGCAACCCAAGCAGAUCUAUGUAAUGCCAACUUAAAUGUUGCCAAAGCCCACUGUAUGCUUUAUCAUAGCCAACAAGCAAAUCACUUUUGUUGCCAAUCACAUCAAUUAGCUAAGCAAUUAACCGAUAAUCACUUAAUAGUAGCCGAAUGCCAUGAUUGCUCUGGUGAUAUUAAAAGACUGGCUGGUCGAUAUUGUGAAGCAUUGGUAGAAUAUCAAGAAUCGUUUAGUACUAGAAUUAGCGUCAAAGGAGAAGACAAUCCGAGUACGGCAAAGUCAUUUAACAAAAUUGGUAAAAUACUUUAUUUACAACAAAAAUAUAAUGAAUCUCUUCACAUGCAGCAAAAAGCACGUAAUAUUUUAUUACUACAAGUAGAUAACAACAAUAUUCCAAACAUCGAUAUUGCCGAAGUUUAUUCCGAUAUUGGAAUGGUUUACAUGUCACAAGGAAAUUUAUUAGAUGCAAGCAUUCUAUUUGAGAAAUCGUUACUCGUUAUUAUUAAAAUAUUAGGAGAGAAUAAUCUACGAGUAGCGGAUAUAUAUAAUAAACUUGGUUCGGUUUAUUUAAUGCAAAAUCAAUUAGAAGAAGCUACAGCUAUGUUUAAAAAAGCUACUAAUAUAAUUAAUGAGAUAAUCGGUCUGAAUACUUUAGAAGCAGCUACGACUUUUAAUAACUUUGCUAGAAUUCAACUAGCGCAAGGCAAAUACGACGAAGCCGAAUUAAUGUGCUCAAAAUCUUUGAGUAUACAAAUAGUACGAUUAGGGAAUAAUCAUUUAAAAAUCGCAGAAACCUAUACAACUCUAAGCCAAGUGUAUAAAGGAGUCAAGAAAUACAAUGAAGCAAUAGAUGCCCUACAAAAAGUCAUAAACAUGCAGCGUAUGAUAUUAGGCGAUAGGCACUUGAUCAUUGCAGAAUCUUACUUUAAUAUAGGUGAAAUUUACGACUUACAAGCCAGCUAUGACGAUUCGCUAUUAUUUUAUCAAGUAUGUUUAAAAAUUCGACUAGAAAUUAGUGGGGAUAUGGAUGAAAAUGUGGCCAAAACCUAUCAUCGUAUCGGAUUAGCCCAGUUCUCACUAGGAGAAUAUAACAAUGCUCUAAAUCACUAUCAUCAUGGAUUACGAUGCUAUCUAGAAAUGAUUGGAUUUCAGAAUUUAACUGUAGCUUCAUUACUUAAUGAUCUUGGAUUUGCUAAUCAAAAGUUAGAAAAUUAUAACGAAGCAAUUAGCGUUCAUUCUCAAGCUAUAUCCAUACAACGGCGAUUGCUGGGUCAAUGCAAUUCAUCUUUAGCUUCAUCAUAUAAUAGCAUUGCAAUAGCUUAUCAACUGAAUGGCAACUUUAACCAAGCUAUAUGCAUGCUACAGAAAAAAUUAAAAAUUCAGUUAGUAUUACUGGGAAAGAACGAUACAAAAAUUGCUAAUACAUACAGCAAUCUCGGAUCGUUAUAUCAACUACAAGGUAAAUAUGUUGAUGCAUUAGUUAUGUAUAAAAAGUGUAAAAAAAUUCUACUCAAAGUCUUGGGUAAUAACAAUAUAGAUUUAGCAGAAUCACACCGUAAUAUAGGAUUCAUUUACAUACUACAAGGUCGAUAUGACGAUGCAAUGUCAUUACUUAGGCAAAGUUUACAAAUUUAUUAUGAAAAACUAGGCCAAAAUGAUUUAGAAGUAGUUAAAGUGUAUGAGAAUAUCGGAUCAAUAUACAAUUGCCAAAGAGAUUUCAGUAGCGCAUUAGGAGCCUACCGGAAAUGUUUAGCAAUAAAGCUAACGCUGUUAGGAAAUAGUCAUUUUGAUUUAGCGGUGACUUAUAGCGAUAUUGCUUCUAUUUAUUAUUCAAUUGCUCAAUUCGAUCAAGCUCUAGAUUCUUAUGAGAAAUGUUUAAAAAUUCAAGAAAACCAUCUUGGUCUCGAUCAUUUACAAGUAGCAACAACAUAUUAUAAUAUUGGAAAGAUAUAUUAUCUACAAAACAAGCAAGAUACCGCUUUAGCUAUGUAUAACAAGUGUAAAAAUAUCCAACUGAAAAGUCUUGGCGAAAAAAAUCCUACCAUUGCUAAAUUAUAUAUCAGCAUAGGAUUAGUACAUGUAUCGAAAGAGCAAUAUGAAGAUGCUAUGUUGUUAUAUCAGAAAGGAUUAGCAAUUCAAAUAAAAUAUUUGGGUAGUAAUAAUUCGCAGACUGCAUCGACUUUAUCAAAUAUAGCAUCAGUCUACAAAGCUCAAAAUAAAUUUGAUGACGCUAUAUCUUUAUAUAACAAUUGUAUUUCUAUCGAAGAAGAAUUAUCGGGUGAUCAUCAUGGAUGCAUGAUAAUAUUAUAUCAAAAUUUGGCCUCAACCUAUGAAUCAUGCGAUAAAUUAGACGAUGCAAUCAAGGCAUAUCACAAAUGUUUAAAUAUUCAACAACACCUAUUUGGAGAAAAUAGUCUCCACGUCGCUUCCACAUUUAAUGAUAUUGCUUCCAUUUACGUCAAGCAAAGCAAGCACAACGAUGCAGCAUUUCAAUGUGAAGAAAGUAUUAAGAUACUUAAUAAAGCUCUUGGAGAUAAGAGUCUACUAGUUGUAACUAUGUAUAAUAAAUUAGCAAAUAUUUAUGCAGAACAAGGGCACAUAGAUAAGGCUUUAACCACAUUACAUCAGAGUCUGGACAUCUUUCUAGCACUUCGAAAAGAAAAAAGCUCCAAAAAUGAAACUAUUUUAUUUCGAGACGCCUUAGAAUGCAAACAACAAUUUAAAUGUUUUGAUCAGAUGUCAUUAUUACAAAAGACCGUCGAUAUUCAACAGAAUUUUUUGGGUGACUACAAUUCACUUGUUUCUAUGUCAAAUCAUAACUCUGGAAGCACAUACCUAGCAGCAGAUAGAUUAGAUGAUGCAUUAAAAAUUUGCAACAAAUGCUUAAAAAUUCAACGGCAAAUUCUUGAUGACAACCAUCCCGCUUUAGCUAAAACCUAUUAUAAGCUGGGGAUAAUUUAUCUACAACAGGACAAUCAUAAGGAUGCUCUGAGCAUGUUUCAGCUAUCUAUUGAUAUCCAAAAUAGAAAUGAUGACGAUAACGAUGCUCUGUUAGCCAAUUGUUAUCAAAGCAUUGCUUCGAUCUAUAAGCUAAGCGGUAAUAAAACUUCAGCAAUCAUGAUGUACGAUAAAUGUUUAAACAUUCAGAAAACUCUAUUUGGAGAAAGUUAUCCAAAUAUUUCCGAAAUUUGUCAAGAGCUGAAUGAAAUCGCUAUAACCGACUCGCGUAAGUUCUACAAUAUUGAAAAAAUAAUUAGCCCACAAUGUGAAUUUUAUGUGUAG